GAUGGCGCUCACCAACUUCAUCGUGACGGUGGCGGCUGUUGGCGCGGCGGUGCUCCUCUUCACCACCGACGUCCGCAAGUCCGGCGCCGUCUUCCGCCGCAACGCCCGCCAAAUCCGACACUGGCUCGAGGAGGACACCGCGUCCGCCGCAUCCAAGUCUGCAAAAGAAGCUGUACCGCCUCCCAAGAAAUUGGAUGCAGAGAUUCCCAAGGAUAAGCCAAAGGAUCACUGAGAUCAUUAUGUUUUGUGCAUGAUAUAACCUUUGUCAAACCUAUGAUCCUUGUGCAUGACAAAUAUAAUUGUCUACUCGUUCUACCCAUGCUGAGUCAUAGAGAUCUGUAGUAGCUCAUAAAUGUAUGCAUGCCAAAUAUGUUUUCAUUUCUGGAGAAGUAUUCUGAGGUUUGUGUAGAUGCAAAAUAGAAUGAAGCAACCAUUUGACAGCUAUCAUCCUCGUGAGAACCUAAAUAUCUAGAGCUCACAUUAAAACC